AAAUUAAUUUAGUCAAACCUGACUAAAUCUAACCAUAUGCCUAACCUAAAUUUGAAAUUAAGAUAAAAAAACAUUAGUCCGUUUGACUUUGUGGCUGAGGUAAACUAGUGACAACACACUCGCAUUUUACAGUCAAGUAGCCGCCAUUUUUCAUUAUCCGGACAGGAGCCUGACCUAACCUUAUGCCGGGAAUCGUAGUUAAAAAAAUAAAAAAUUUAACACCCUGAAAUCAGACAAAAUCAGCAACGUGCACCUUGGUGAACUAUCGAAUGAUGGCGACCGAUCAGACGACUGAUCAUGUAAAUGGGAAUAGUACAGAGGAACCAAUAGAUAUAACUGAAGUGGACACAACUACAGCUGAAGUUAUCCAUUCAGACAAUUUCCAGACUUUAUUAGAUGCUGGUUUACCACAGAAAGUUGCAGAAAAACUAGAUGCAAUUUACAUAGCAGGCUUGGUAUCGCACAGUGACCUAGAUGAAAGGGCUAUUGAAGCAUUGAAAGAAUUUAACGAAGAAGGUGCUCUACAAGUCCUGCUUGAAUUUAAGGAAAGUGAUCUGUCGCACGUGCAAAACAAAAGUGCCUUCCUCUGUGGAGUAAUGAAGACUUAUAGACAGAGGGAGAAGCAAGGAACCAAAGUUUCAGAUUCCACGAAAGGACCAGUUGAGGCGAAAAUAAAAGCUCUGCUUGAUAGAACCAUCUAUACACUUGAUGUGACAACGGGUCAGCGGAAGUAUGGAGGGCCCCCCCCAGAGUCUGUGUAUUCAGGUGCUCAACCCACUAUUGGAACAGAGAUAUUUGUUGGGAAAAUUCCUCGAGACUUGUUUGAGGAUGAGCUGGUGCCACUCUUUGAGAAGGCGGGACCUAUCUGGGAUCUACGUCUAAUGAUGGACCCCCUGAGUGGCUUGAACAGGGGCUACGCCUUUGUCACCUUAUGCACUAAAGAGGCUGCCUCGGAGGCUGUAAACCUGUGUAAUAAUCAUGAAAUACGCCCCGGCAAACACAUUGGAGUGUGUAUAUCUGUUGCCAAUAACCGGCUGUUCGUCGGCUCCAUCCCCAAGAGUAAAACGAAAGAACAGAUUGUGGAGGAGUUUGCUAAAGUCACAGAGGGUCUUAAUGAUGUCAUACUGUACCAUCAGCCAGAUGACAAAAAGAAGAACAGAGGUUUUUGCUUUUUGGAAUACGAGGACCAUAAAACUGCUGCUCAGGCCAGACGCAGGCUAAUGAGUGGCAAGGUGAAAGUGUGGGGGAACGUGGUUACUGUGGAAUGGGCAGACCCCAUCGAGAACCCAGAUCCAGAGGUUAUGGCCAAGGUGAAAGUUUUGUUUGUCCGAAACCUUGCGAACAGUGUUACGGAAGAAAUACUUGAAAAAUCCUUCGGCCAGUUUGGUAAACUGGAGCGAGUGAAAAAGCUGAAAGAUUACGCCUUCGUUCAUUUUGAUGAGAGGGACGCUGCAGUCGAGGCGUUGGCUCAAAUGAAUGGCAAAGUUCUGGAAGGAGAGCACAUUGACAUAGUUUUUGCAAAGCCCCCUGAUCAGAAGAGGAAGGAACGCAAAGCUCAGAGACAAGCAGCCAGAACAAACAUGUAUGAUGAUGAUUAUUAUUACAACUACGGCCCCCCUCAGUUGCCCCCUCCCACAAGAGGCGGCCGGGGUAGGGGAGGUUAUUCUUACCCACCCGACUAUUAUGGCUACGAUGAUUACGACGAUUAUUAUGGUUAUGAUUAUCCCAACUACCGCGGGGGAUACGACUAUGACUACGACUACUACGGCUAUGAUGACUUUCAGGCUCCCGCUAGAGGAAGAGGUGGCAGAGGUGCAAGGGGGGCAUCCCCAGCCAGAGGUAGGCCAGGCGCUCCCAGGGGAAGAGGUGGCUUUUCCCCGCGUGGUGGUCCAGGAUCAAGCAGAGGAGGUGUGCAACAGAGAGGCCGCGGCGGGCAGGGAAAAGUGGUCGAGGCCGGUCCUGACCUGUCACUAUGAAGACUGACCUGCUAUGUGGGCUUAUACUGGAAGCUGCCAAUUGAAGUGAUGGUAAGGUCAACUCAAUGGUCCAAUGAUAUUCCAACUUUACAGGAGCAUAUCUGCCAGAUUAGAAGAUAAUCAAAAGGGCAAACUCAAGGCACUUGUUGCUUGGACUUUUUAGACCGUUGCUGCAAAUAGAGUUUUCACACCUCUGAAAACCUCUCAAAGCUAACGAUCCAGAUCAUAUUCUGCGCAUGUUAUUUUAUGCACACUUUGUAGCUGCUGCUCACACUCCCCUCCUGUUUUUCUUUUUACUCACCCUCUUCUGGACCAUGCUGAUGUAGCCUAUGACUUUCUCAUAUUUCUGAACAGCUGAAAUAACCCCAAAGUGAUUUGAUCUAAUGUUCCCCCAAAAUAUAUUAAGGCUAUUACAACCAUUGUCUGUUGUAACAGAUAUUGCAGUUGCACAAGCAGGAAGCAGUCCUUACACAUUCAUUCCAUUGGAGAAAAAAACAGUCAGGUUUUUGUGUGAAGUAGGCUAAUGCUUUAUAGUCAUAUCGUAGCCACUAGCCAGAGUUCCUGGGGGGGAGAACACUACUACUUUGACUGCCUGUCUGCCUCCUGCUUAGCCAAUGCUUGUGAUGAGAAAAUAACAUUAAAUCGCUAAUUAGACUGCGUCUCUGUGUCUUGCUUGUGUUUCAUAUGCUGCCUAAAUUGCUGCAUAGAACUAGAACUCCCCACUUGAGUUUUGCUUUGGGGCAAAAGAUUAUCUGCGUUUCAACCACACCCAGACCCUACUAACUACUAUUUUGCUUUUCAAUGACAAUUCAAGUACCGCACGAGUAGGUGUCCUAGCUGUUUCAACUCUGGACAGGUGAGCAUGUAUUUUAACCCGUUAACCAGUGUCUGACAAUGGCCGAGUGUUUUGCAUCGCCCGGCGCGAUUAUUCCUUGUGUCGUUUUGUCAACUACUGCUUAGACUGCCUACUAUUUGUCAUAAUCUUCAUAGUAUGCUGCCAUAUCGAUGAUUGCUGGAAAAAAUAACUAGCCAAUGUUUGCGAUGAGAAAAUAACAUUAAAUCACUAUUUUGACUGCCUGUGUGUUUUGCUCGUGUUUGAUAUUCUUGCCUAAGUAGCUGCAUGUUAACUCAGCAGCUAAAAAGAACAUGGACUCGCUAGACUGCUUAUGUUUGCAACAGACAACUGUUCCAACCGACACAGUUUGUACAAAGCAUGACGGCUGCAUGUAACACCCCUCCUGAAAAUAAUUACAUUAAGUCAUGCUUGAGGCAUGGAAAGCAUAGUUUGAACAUGUUGGCCAUGUCUUAAGCAUAGACAAAAAAAAACAUAUAUGUAUAUAGUGUAGGCUACAACAUUAAGUGGAAGCAGCAGUGGAACACUGAGCAGACACUACUGUGGGCAGCAAGUUAUGUAAAAAAAAAAAAUACUGCACAUGUGCAGAAAGCUCAUUAUCCACGGCAAGUGUGGUUCCAGAAAAUCCAAAACCACAGCCAUGCCAUUGUUAUUAUAAGCUUGCCACCUCCCCCAUGUCUCCAAAGAAUAUGCCAUUUUAAAAUUACUAUUGAAGAUGUUGAGUUCCCAGUGGAAUGUUCAUCCCGAAAUGUAGUUAUGCCUUUUGCACUUUGUCUAAGUUUGAAGUGGCUCAGAGGAGCUUGACACCAAUGUAUAUUUUGAUGCAUAAUGCAGCUUUACGAUGGAAUAGACCUAUUUAAUUAUGUUUUGAUUUUGAUUGGUUUUAAUAUGUUUAGGAGGGUUUUUAGGUUUAACCAACUGGCAUAAUGGUCAGGCAUUCCAGGAAAGUGGUUAUUUUCAGAACUUGUCUUUAAAGGGUCGGUUAAAUUACCUCAGUACAGAGGAUAAAACUGCCCUGUCUACUGUAAGUAUGGAAACGUAAUUGAUGAAAGCAGGGCUUGUUCCAUGUAGUUUGUUUAUUAUAGAUGCUGCAUGCUGUUAUUCUAACACUGCCAACAGUCAAGCUGAGCAUGUUAAAUAAUCUCAUAUAAUGAGAGAAUGAAGGAACAAACCUUGCUUUCAUAUGGUUUGAACUGCAUUGGCUAUGUGCUUAUUCAUAUAAUGUAGUUACAGGUUGUAUAAUAGUUUAGGAAAAUGGUACUUGUAAAAGCUUGAAGGAAAGACAUGCUUUUUUCAGAAGCAUUGCAGUGUCCCUUUUUCUUUCUGGGAUAGGAUAGUAAGUAUUUUGUAUAUGAUCCAUUCCUUUUGGUUGCCGCUGAGUUUUCAGGCAACCCAUUUGGAAGGUUGCAUACACAUUUAAGUUUGAGAGACAUCAGUCUACUUUGUGUACAUACAUUUGCCUAAUCAUGAUGUACAACAUGAAUGUCGAUCCGACAUCUAUGAGCUGCCUUUUCGUCACAUGUGACAAGUGUCUUGAAUCUGCAUCAUGUUGAGCAUGUAAUUUAGUAUCGGAGUUAGCUGGAUAUGACUUGGUAUAUCCAGUUCAAAUGGGAUACUGCAGCUUAAAUAAAAUAAAAAUAUGUAUUUCCUGGAUCGCAUAAAGGAGACCACUUAAUCAGGUUUUGUACACAGUUGACUCUGAAAAGCUGUUACCAGUUUAAACAGUUGUUGGUGGCUAACAAUUGUUUUUGCAUUCUUGCAAAUAAAUUGUUUUAUACUGUAAA